UCCCUAUCGCAAUAAUGACCUUGCCAAAUGUGCGCUCGGGCUUUCCGUAGCCGCAGCUCUCAUCAGCUGUCACCAGACGAGCAUUUCAUUUUAAGAUGUAGAUAUUUGUUUGUUGUUUUAAUAUUAAAUGAAUAUAAUGUCGUCGAAAGGAACGUCGCGAGGUUUUUACUUCAAUACUGUGCUGUCUCUCGCGCGCUCUCUGGCUGCUCAUCGACCCGCUCCGAUUGACAAGGUCCAGAAGCUACAAUGCAUGUGUCCCGUGGACAUCCGUGGUGUUUUCCAGCUGGAUGAGCGGAGGAGAGAUGCUGUGAUCGCCCUCGGUAUCUUCCUGGUGGAGUCUGAGCUGCAGCACAAGGACGCUAUUGUCCCGUAUUUGUUGGUUUUGCUGAAAGGGUUGCCCAGGGUGCAAUGGAUCGAGGAGAGCUCAGAGAGGAAAGGACGAGAAACGCUCCCUAUUGCGGAGAAUUUCUCCUUCAGUUUGGUGACGAUGCUCUCAGAUGUUGCCCAGAUGGACGAGUCCAUGCGAAUCCAGAUUUUAGAGGCUGUGAUGAACCUCAUGCAGGUGCUACAGGAAAUGUGUCAGAACAUCGAAGGCCAAGAUAAAGAAUACCUGUGUAAAUACACUGUGCCCUGUCUGCUCGGCGUGGUGCGAGCGUUUGGCCGCUACAGCAACACAGAGGAGCCGCUGCUGUCGAAACUCUUUCCACGGAUCAGCCCUCAGCUCCUAGGCACAGGAGAGGGGACGGAGGUGACCCGACGACGAUCCUUUAAUGAUUUCCGCUCCAUCCUACCCAGCUCGUUCCUCACCGUCUGCCAGAGCGACUCUUUACGCCGUAAAACCAGCAGUGUUUCCAGCAUCUCACAACAGGCCAGUCCAGAGCGUGCCGGACUUCCUCCGAAUUCCCCUUCUGACCCUUCUGCUCCUUAUUUUGAAGCCGGCUCGUACCUGCCCGACGGCAGCGCUGUGGACCCAGACUACUAUUUCUCCAAUAUAAGCUCUAGUUUCUCUGUCUCGCCGCUCUUCACGGGCAGCAACAGUAAAGAGUUUGAUGUACCACUGGAUUUACUGAGGCAGCUUCUGCAAAUGGUUGAGCAGUUUGUGUCAGAAUCCUUUAUGAAGACACUGGAUCAGACUCUGUUUGCAGUUCUAGAGGUCAAUACAGGAGCUAAUCUCUUCUACAAGACGUUCAGUGAUCCGCUGUAUGUGGCUAUUUUUAAAAUGCUGAGGGACACUUUAUACUACAUGAAAGACCUGCAGGUGUCGUACGUGAAGGAGGUUCAUGACUUUGUUCUGGAGCAGUUCAGCAGCAGUCAGUCGGAGCUGCAGAGGAUCCUGCAUGACGUGGAGUAUCUGCACAGCGAGCUGAACCCGCUCAAACUGCGCUGCCAGGCCAACGCCGCCUGCGUGGACCUCAUGGUUUGGGCCGUCACGGAGGAACAGGGUGCGGAGAACCUUUGCACCAAACUGUCUGAGAAGCUACAGUCUAAGACAUCUAGUAAAGUCAUCAUCGCUCACAUGCCUCUGCUCAUCUGCUGCUUACAGGGUCUCGGACGGUUGUGUGAGCGUUUCCCUGUGGUGGCGCACUCAGUCACCAUGUCUCUAAGAGAUUUCUUGGUUGUACCUUCACCUGUAUUGGUGAAGCUCUACAAAUAUCACAGCCAGUACACCACAGGAACAGGUGAGAUCAAGAUCCAUGUGACCAAUGAGCAUUCCCAGUCCACCUUCAGUUCUCACGCCAGUAAGAAGAGCCAGCCAUCCAUGUACGAGCAGCUCCGAGACAUCUCCAUCGACAAUAUAUGCAGGUGUUUAAAAGCAGGGUUGACCAUGGACUCAGUCAUCGUUGAGGCUUUCCUUGCCAGUCUUUCCAACCGUCUGUACAUCUCGCAGGAAAAUGACAAGGACGCCCACCUCAUCCCAGAUCACAAUCGAGCAUUAGGACACAUUGCCGUGGCUCUGAGAGACACUCCCCGUGUGAUGGAGCCCAUCCUACAGAUCCUACAGCAGAAGUUCUGCCAGCCGCCGUCCCAGCUGGACGUCCUCAUCAUAGAUCAGCUGGGCUGUAUGGUCAUCACAGGAAAUCAAUACAUUUAUCAGGAAGUUUGGAACUUGUUCCAGCAGAUAAGUGUGAAGGCCAGCUCGAUGGUUUACUCCACCAAAGACUACAAGGAUCAUGGAUACAGGCACUGUUCUCUGGCCGUGAUCAACGCUCUGGCCAACAUCGCGGCGAACCUGCAGACAGAGCAGAUGGUCGACGAGCUGCUGGUGAAUCUGCUGGAGUUGUUUGUGCAGCUGGGACUGGAGGGGAAACGAGCCAGUGAAAGAGCCAGUGAGAAGGGCCCGGCCCUCAAGGCAUCCAGCAGCGCUGGUAAUUUAGGCGUUCUCAUUCCUGUCAUUGCUGUGCUGACCAAACGUUUGCCGCCCAUAAAAGAGGCCAAACCGAGACUGCAAAAGCUGUUCAGAGAUUUCUGGCUGUAUUCUGUUGUGAUGGGCUUCGCUGUGGAGGGCUCAGGUUUGUGGCCGGAGGAGUGGUAUGAGGGAGUGUGUGAGAUCGCAACCAAAUCCCCCCUGCUGACAUUCCCAAGCGGAGAACCGCUGCGCUCAGAGCUGCAGUAUAACUCUGCCCUGAAGAACGAUACGGUCACUCCGGCCGAGCUGAAUGAUUUGAGGGGCACCAUCAUUAACCUGCUGGAUCCUCCUCCUGAGGUCGCUGCGCUCAUCAAUAAACUGGACUUUGCCAUGUCCACCUACCUGCUGUCCGUCUACCGACUGGAAUACAUGAGGGUGUUACGCUCGCUGGAUUCUGACCGUUUCCAAGUGAUGUUUCGUUAUUUUGAAGACAGAGCUAUCCAGAAGGAUAAAUCAGGAAUGAUGCAGUGUGUCAUCGCAGUGGGUGACAAGGUCUUUGAUGUCUUUCUUCAGAUGAUGGCUGACAAGGAAAAGACCAAAGCCCAUGAGGAGGAGUUAGAAAGUCAUGCUCAGUUCCUGUUGGUCAACUUCAACCACAUUCACAAGAGAAUCCGAAGAGUGGCUGACAAAUAUCUGUCAGGACUCGCUGAGACUUUUCCACACUUGUUGUGGAGCGGUCGUGUCCUGAGGACCAUGCUGGAUAUAUUACAGACCCUGUCUCUUUCACUCAGCGCUGACAUCCACAAAGACCAGCCGUAUUAUGACAUACCGGACACCCCGUAUCGCAUCACAGUGCCGGAUACAUAUGAGGCCAGAGAGAGCAUAGUGAAAGACUUCGCUGCCCGCUGUGGAGAAAUCCUUAAAGAGGCCAUGAAAUGGGCACCAUCGGUCACCAAAUCUCACCUACAGGAAUACCUGAAUAAACAUCAGAACUGGGUGUCGGGUCUGUCUCAGCACACGGGUCUGGCUAUGGCCACUGAGAGCAUCCUGCACUUUGCCGGAUACAAUCGCCAGAGCACCAGUCUGGGUACCACUCAGCUCACAGAGAGACCAACAUGUGUGAAGAAAGACUACUCCAACUUCAUGGCCUCACUCAACCUUAGAAACCGCUAUGCUGGAGAGGUGGCAGGGAUGAUCCAUUUCUCAGAGGCCACGAGGAGCACGUCGGAUCUGAAUAAGCUGAUGAUGCGUCAGAUGAAUGAAGCUUUGGACGGAGGCCAGCCAGAAGCCUUCACUGAAGCCAUGUUCAAAAUGGCUGCGCUGUUGAUCAGCUCCAAAGAAUGGGACCCUCAGCUACUGCAUCAACUGUGCUGGUCUCCAUUAAAGAUGUUUACCGAGAAUGGCAUGGAAACGGCUAUAGCCUGCUGGGAAUGGCUCCUGGCUGGAAGGACAGGUGUUGAAGUCCCGUUCAUGCGGGAGAUGGCUGGCGCGUGGCAGAUGACCGUCGAGCUGAAGAUGGGGCUGUUCUCCGACGCCCAGGUGGAGGCGGAUCCUCUGGCGGCCUCAGAGGAAAGUCAACCCAUCCCCUGCCCGCCUGACGUCACGCCCCACUACAUCUGGAUUGAGUUUCUGGUCCAGCGUUUUGAGAUCGCCAAAUACAGCAGUGCGGAUCAGGUGGAAAUUUUCGGCAGUCUUUUGCAGAGGUCUCUCUCUCUCAAUGUUGGUGGCCCAAAAAGCAGCCUGAACCGCCAUGUGGCGGCCAUUGGACCUCGCUUCAGGUUGUUGACACUCGGUCUUGCCCUCCUGCAUUCUGACGUAGUGACCAACUCCACCAUCCGUAAUGUCCUGCGGGAAAAGAUUUACUCCACCGCCUUUGAUUAUUUCAGCGUCUCAUCGAAGUUCCCCACACAGGGAGACAAACGUCUGCGCGAGGACAUCAGCAUAAUGAUCCGCUUCUACGCCAACAUCCUCUCCGAUAAGAAGUACCUAGCUGCUAGCCAGCUCGUGCCACCUGACAACCAGGAUCCGUCCCUGAACAGUUUGUCGGUGAUGAACGCCACUGACCCCAGGAACAACAUGGACAUGACUGUGGGUUCCCGGCAGCAGAGCACUCAGGGCUGGAUUAACACCUACCCCCUGUCCAGCGGGAUGUCCACCACCUCUAAGAAAUCAGGCAUGUCCAAAAAGAGCAACAGAGGCACCCAGCUACACAAGUACUACAUGAAACGCAGGACGUUACUGUUGGCCUUACUGGCCAGUGAGAUCGAGCGACUGACCACAUGGUACAACCCGCUAUCAACACAGGAGCUGGCCAUCGCCACCGAGCAGUCGGUAGAAACCAGCAUCUCCAACUGGAGAUCCAAAUACAUCAACCUGAGUGAGAAACAGUGGAAGGACAAUGUCAAUUUGGCCUGGAGUAUCGCUCCGUACCUAGCUAUGCAGCUUCCAGCUAGGUUCAAAAACGCAGAUGCCAUUGUAGCUGAAGUGACCCGUCUGGUUCGACUGGAUCCUGGUGCUGUUAGUGAUGUGCCGGAGGCAGUGAAGUUCCUGGUGACGUGGCACACCAUUGAUGCUGAUUCUCCAGAGCUGAGCCACAUCUUGUGCUGGGCUCCUGCGGAUCCUCCCACCGGCCUCUCGUACUUCUCCAGCAUGUACCCUCCCCAUCCACUCACCGCUCAGUAUGGAGUCAAAGUCCUUCGCUCCUUCCCUCCCGAUGCCAUUUUGUUUUACAUUCCUCAAAUCGUUCAAGCGCUGCGGUAUGACAAGAUGGGCUACGUGCGUGAGUACAUCCUGUGGGCCGCACAGAAGUCCCAGCUCCUCGCUCAUCAGUUCAUAUGGAACAUGAAGACCAACAUCUAUCUGGACGAGGAAGGCCAUCAGAAAGACCCGGACAUCGGUGAGCUUCUGGAGCAGAUGGUGGAAGAGAUCACACACUCUCUGUCGGGCCCCGCUAAAGACUUCUACCAGCGCGAGUUUGACUUCUUCAACAAGAUCACCAACGUCUCCGCCAUUAUCAAGCCUGUUCCAAAAGGAGAUGAGAGGAAGAGAGCGUGUCUGAAGGCGCUAUCAGAAAUCAAAGUUCAGCCAGGAUGCUAUUUGCCAAGCAAUCCAGAAGCUAUCGUCCUCGAUAUCGACUACAAGUCAGGAACACCUAUGCAGAGUGCUGCCAAAGCCCCUUAUCUGGCAAAAUUCAAAGUUAAGAGGUGUGGAGUUAGCGAGCUUGAAAAAGAGGGUCUGCGCUGCCCAUCAGACUCUCCAGAUGAAGGUGAUGAGAGUUCAGAGAUGGCACAAAAGGUCUGCUGGCAGGCGGCCAUCUUUAAAGUGGGCGAUGAUUGCAGACAGGACAUGCUCGCUCUUCAGAUCAUUGGUCUCUUCAAGAACAUUUUUCAGCUCGUGGGUUUGGACCUGUUUGUGUUCCCAUACAGAGUUGUGGCCACCGCUCCUGGAUGUGGCGUGAUCGAAUGUAUUCCCGACUGUAAGUCCCGUGACCAGCUCGGCCGGCAGACUGACUUUGGCAUGUACGACUACUUCAGAAACCAGUAUGGAGACGAGUCCACGCUGGCCUUCCAGAAGGCUCGAUAUAACUUCAUCCGCAGUAUGGCCGCGUACAGCCUGCUCCUCUUCCUGUUACAAAUCAAAGACAGACACAACGGCAACAUCAUGCUGGACAGCAAAGGCCAUCUUAUUCACAUCGACUUUGGCUUCAUGUUUGAGAGUUCUCCGGGUGGGAAUCUGGGCUGGGAGCCCGACAUCAAGCUGACCGACGAGAUGGUGAUGAUCAUGGGUGGCAAGAUGGAGGCCACGCCCUUUAAAUGGUUCAUGGAGAUGUGUGUGCGCGGAUACCUGGCCGUAAGGCCGUAUAUGGAUGCUGUCGUGUCAUUGGUGACGUUGAUGCUGGACACAGGGCUGCCGUGCUUCAGAGGACAGACUAUCAAACUCCUGAAGCAAAGGUUCAACCCCAAUAUGAGCGAGAAGGAAGCUGCGGCCUUCAUGAUUAAAGUCAUCGAGCGCUGCUUCCUCAGUAGCAGGAGCAAAACCUACGACAUGCUCCAAUACUACCAGAACCAGAUCCCAUACUGAGACCGGACCCGCACAUCCGCCUUCGAUCCGACUUCUCUUCACCGGCCUCAGAUUGAGAUCAGUAGUCACUAUCAGUCUAUUAAAAUCCUUUAUGACGAGCACUUUACAGAUUUGAAUAAUUCACCCACUCUGAUUGGCCCAGAUCGCAGCGUCCAGGUGUGUCCCUUCCUGUCCGGCUGCCUCAGGGCCUCUCUAGUGAACCGCUGUACUCCUAAAGCUGCAUGUAUGUCCUCUUAUCUCCCUUUAAGGCAUCUGCCAUGACGGUUUGUGCGCGAGUUCUGACAUUCCAUGCGUAGAAAUACAUCCUUUAACUCUACUUGAAUCUUUACUGGGUUCAGUUGCAUCACCCAGGAAGCCAUUUUCUAAGACUAUGGCACAGAUUGCACUGUAGAUUGUGUGCCGUCAGCAAAUGACCCGUGUUAUGCAAUACAUCAGUGUUUUUCCGUUGUGUUUUGUCUGUACGUCGUGUUCGGCACUGCACUGCAAAAAAUGAGUUUCUUCCUCAGUGUUUUGCAGUGCAAAUAUCGAAACAUUCUUCAAUCAAGAUACAUUUACUGGAGAAGCAAAAUGACUUAAGAUACAAGUCUUGUUUUAUGAAAAAAAGUCUCUGCCAGUGAGGUCAGAAAAAUAAACUUUUAAAUUAUUUUUUGCUGACCCCAUUGUAAGAUAUUUUUCUUGUUUUAAGAAAAAACUUAAUUUCAAUACAUUUUUCAUAAAACUAGACUUAAUAUCAAGUAAAUUGAUUUAAGAAUGUUUACAUAUUUGUAUUGGAAAAUAAGAAAAAAAUACUGAGGAAGAACAUCCUUUUUUGCAGUGAUGAAUGGGUGAAUCUCACGAAACCUUUCAGGAAGUGGUCUGAAAAUUAUAGAAAUUAGUUUUGCAAGAAAAUUGUCUAUUUUUGGGACUAUUAAGGUUUUUUUUUCAUUGUGACAUUGUGCAUAUACAUUUUUAACCACAAUUUCUUAUUAAUAUAAUGUAAAAUGCCGCCAAUUAAUAUUUAUAUGUCAUGAUGAAGGUAUUUGUUCUACUGCCUUUAAUUUGUGUGGAUUUAAAUAAAGAAAAAUUAGGUUUUUUUACUAUAAUACAAAAAAACUUUAUUUUACUGAGAAUCAGGGUUGUAUGGAAGCUUGUUUCCGCCACUGAAUAAAAAGUAGCAAUCACCUUUUUUUGCA